GCGCGCCGGGGGCAGCCAUGGCGGUGGCGAUCGGGAGGGCGGCGGUGGGCGCGGGGCUGAGGAGGAGAAGGCUGGAACUGGUGCGGAGGGGAUGUGCGGGGCUGGCGGUGGACGAUACGGUGAACGGGCUGAGCGAGGAGCAGCGGCAGCUUAGACAGACCAUGACAAAGUUCUGUCAAGAGCAUUUGGCUCCCAAAGCCCAACAGAUUGACCAGGAAAAUGAAUUCAAAGACAUGAGGGCAUUUUGGAAGAAACUUGGGGAACUGGGAGUUCUGGGGAUCACAGCUCCUGUGGAGUAUGGUGGCUCUGCUCUGGGGUACCUGGACCACGUGCUGGUGAUGGAGGAAAUCUCCCGUGCCUCAGGAGCUGUGGGGCUGAGCUAUGGGGCCCACUCCAACCUCUGCAUCAACCAGCUCGUGCGCAACGGCAGCGAGGCCCAGAAGAGCAAGUACCUGCCCAAGCUAAUCAGUGGGGAGCACAUUGGAGCCUUAGCAAUGAGUGAACCCAAUGCUGGAUCUGAUGUUGUGUCCAUGAAGCUGAAAGCAGAUAAGAAAGGAGACUUCUUUGUUUUGAAUGGGAACAAAUUUUGGAUCACCAAUGGGCCAGAUGCAGAUGUUCUCAUUGUUUAUGCUAAAACUGAUAUGAAUGCUGUGCCAGCCUCCCGAGGUAUCACUGCCUUCAUUGUGGAGAGGGGAAUGCCAGGCUUCAGCACAGCCCAGAAGCUGGAUAAGCUGGGGAUGAGAGGGUCUAACACCUGUGAGCUGAUUUUUGAGAACUGCAAGAUCCCUGCUGAAAAUGUCUUGGGGACACUGAGCAAAGGAGUCUACGUUCUGAUGAGUGGGUUGGACCUGGAGAGACUGGUGCUGUCUGGUGGGCCACUGGGGCUGAUGCAAGCUGUUCUUGACCACGCCAUUCCAUACCUACACGUGAGAGAAGCCUUUGGACAGAAAAUUGGCCACUUCCAGCUGAUGCAGGGUAAGAUGGCUGACAUGUACACACGGCUGAUGGCGUGCAGGCAGUACGUCUACAACGUGGCCAAAGCCUGUGACCAAGGCCACUUCAAUGCCAAGGACUGUGCCGGAGUCAUCCUGUACUCGGCAGAGUGCGCGACCCAGGUGGCUCUGGAUGGGAUUCAGUGUCUGGGUGGGAAUGGUUACAUCAACGAGUACCCCAUGGGGCGCCUCCUGCGCGACGCCAAGCUCUACGAGAUCGGGGCUGGCACCAGCGAGGUGCGCAGGCUCGUCAUCGGCAGGGCCUUCAAUGCCACCUUCCAGUGAGGACCCCUGGGGAGAGGCAGCACCCACACCACCACGAGGCCUUUGACCACAGAGGCUGGAGAGCACAACUCUUCUUUUUCUUCUUCUUCUUCUUCCUCCUCCUGAUUCUGGCAUUGCCGCUCGGGGACUCUGGCUGCACGGUGAGCGGGUGUAGCCAGACCAGGCUUUGGCAGAAUGAAUCAGAUUGGUGGUGUGGAAGGAAAAGUGGUUGCUUUUUUCUUCUCAUGAUCAUCCUGAUUCAUCCUGUUCAUAAGCCAGCCUGAUUCUCAGCAUUACAGUCCUGGGGUUCACCCAGGGGACAUUUCACCAUCAGAGGAGGCUGGUGAGCAGUGUGCCUGAAACAAAAGGCAGCCAGUGCUGAGCACAGAAAGUUAACCAAAAAGAAAGCAAAAAGGGAACAAUAUUUUUGUUUGUUUGUUCUUAAAAAAGUCUGCCAUUAAGUAGCAAGUGUUUGCCUGUUGCCACUGGAAGGUGAUAUUUCCUGGUGUGACCUUCCAGUGGGAUUAAGAACUUCCAGUUUGGAACCUCUGUGCCAACCACGUCACAGGGGUGGCUUCCAUGAGCACUCAGGCAUCAUCAAUGCACAAGCCAAGGUUUUGGGUGAUGAUUCCUAGAAAACCUUCUUGAAAUGCCACAUCUGUUCCUUCCCUGACUUCCUUUCCUAUUCCUGCUGCUUCUCCAGACAUCUCAGCACAGUCCCAAGUCUCUGCUGCCCUGACUGGCAGCCUCCCCCUGUGCUAUUCACCCCGAGGUGUCACCAUCCAUCAUUCUGGGAACAGUUACAGUGUCAGACCUCUAUUGUGACACCCCUGAAUGAAGCAGGCAGGAGGAGGCUGACUUUUGGGGUUGGGGUUAUUUGUUGGGUUUUUUCCUGAAGGUUGUUCUUUUGGUGGCAGUCUGUCCUCACAGCCCACUGCUGGCUCCAGGAGCCAGGGUGGGUGCAGCAGUUGUCUGUGGGUGUUUUCAUAUUAUAGCCAGCAGAUGGAAGUUUAUUAAUGAAAAUUGCACAGCACCCAGCCUUAACACGUGGAUCACAAUGAGAAAUCAUAUGUUGUAAAUAUGACAGGAUGAUUAAACAGUUGCCAUGUAGGCAACCUCCCAGCAGUUUUAACAAAAAAG